AUGCAUUCCAAUAGUGGGCGCACUGUUAGCAUUCCGAGCGAAGGCUCGUCUCUCUCAAGCUAUGCGCUACUCUCGCCCCCAGCUUCCAUCAAUCCUGAACCUGCAUAUAUCGCCGUUUCCGCCGCAUCACAAUUGGUAUCCUCCGAACUAGAGACAGACGGGGUGACCAUCUCCGCUUGCGCACUCACUCAAUUAAACAGCUUUCUUGACCACAUACUCUUCAAUAUCCUUCUGGCGGCAAAGUCGACCAAGCUAUCUCUGGUGAAACCUGCAACACAAAGUGUUCUUAAACCAAAGCUCGGAAAAGCAGCAUUGGCGGCCGCAGAUGAAGAGCUUAGGGAGUAUUUGGGGGACGAUGAGGAUGACGACGAGAAUUUGGAGACCAAUCUCGACCCAGGAAUGCAGCGUGAAUUCGACCUCGAGCUGGCUUGGAAGCUGGCUCGUUUGCGCUGUAUGGUCUAUAGUCGAUUGGGUGAUCUGGAAGAGGACGACGAGGACGAGUACAUUGAGCGUGAGAAUCUCGACGAACGUGGCGGCAGGCCGCGCAGAUUUUCCAGCCACCCUAGCAGAGUUACCACAGCUGCCGCCAUUUUCCUAACUUCAGUGAUUGAGUUCCUUGCAGAACAGGCAUUGGCUCACAUUGCGCAAGUGAUGCAGAGGAAGCUUUCGAAAUCCCACGCUAGUCAAGGCAACCUGGAUCCCACCGCAGCCCUUUCCUUUUUCUCAGAUCGAGUAGUGGUUAGCGAUGCAGAUAUGAGACAUCUGGGCCGUGACGGUCCGCUACAGAAACUAUGGCGAGGAUGGAGACACCAAGUUCGAAUACCAACCGACCCUACAUCCCGACCAAUCUCGCCUGAAUCGCUCUCGUUCCCUGGACACAGUCGCAAAGCAAGCAUGGCCACUUUGGACGCUACUUCAGCGCCUGAACACCAGCUUUCUGUCGCAGAAGUUCUUCACGAGAACGACCCUGCUCGGAUACCGUUGCCGAUUGCUGAAAAUGAUGUCAAUGAGAUCGAAAUUCCUGGCCUAGCAUAUGCCCACGACAGUGGACGUAUAACUAAUACAUAUCGAAGAUCUGGCGAGCAAAAUUUACAGAGAAGAAGAAGCUUGGAGCAUCUUUCUUCCCAGACCGCGCCUGUAACACCAAUCUUGUCGACCGAAGGAUCUCACUCCUCUCAGGUUGCUGAGAUCAGGCCCACAGUUCAGCACACAAGGUCCCGUUCUCUUCCUACUAGCCCGACUCUAAGUCCGCGAGCCCCGUCAAGUAAUGUUGUAAAUCGUGCUUUGCACGCUACUGAAGCGCUUGAAAAGGGUGCUAAGGUACGAGAUAUAAAUGCUGGACAAGAAAGAGGACAAGAUAUGCUGCCGCAGGGCCCUGAGAGUUCUGAUAAGUCAAUAGGUAGUAUUGACGAGCCUAGAAGCUUUUCGAUUGUGGGGUUAGCAAUGCCUGGGAGCUUCCCUGCUGGGUAUUCUUCCAACGAGACAGAGGUGGGAAAGGCAAUCGAUAUGUCUGUGGCCAAGGUAGACAAACAGCUUUCAAAACUACUUCCUCUGUCAGACAGAAUACCACCUCCCGACAGCCUUGAGGCACCAACAUCUUCCAUGGCGCUGAGCACACAUGCGACCACCACGCUUGAGCCUGCUCUACCAAUUAUAGCACAUCCGCCACGGACGUCUUCGAAGGUCCCCAACGAGUCUGCUCCACGUCAUGAGCAAAAUUAUACUAUUCAGCUGGGUACGUUUACUCCAGCUGCAGCAGCUCACCCUGAGCACACUGGAGCACAACCUAUUGCUCUUAGCCAGGAGAUCAUUGGAAAAUCAAUUGAAGUCCCGGAUGAAACGUUCCCCACAACGCCCACAAGCGAAGCUCAGAAACGUCAAGGCCAAGCUGGUUUUUCAUCCGAAGAUGGAGAGACCAAGACCAGAAGUAAUUCGAAGUCCUCUCGCCAUACAAAAGGCUCUUCGAGCAGCAGUAAAUUGCUCGGGUUCGACCGUGAGGCAAAAUCAACUAUGUCGGUCGCUUCCGACCGUGCUGGCGUUCAGCGCGUCUACUCUGGCGCAGGGGCUGCUCAAGAUGUGAAUGAUCACGUUGUUCGACCAAGCACAUCCCAUAGCACAAAGGACAGUAGGCCGGGAACAGCGAGCUCACGUAUGUCGUCUCUAAAACAGGGCAGCGUGACUGGUGCCUCUGUCGAUACUCCUACGAGUAAUGGCGGAAGCUAUAAGCGCAAUGUAGAGCAAGAUGACAAGAAAGCGCGUUUGGACAGUCUGAUCCAAAGUGAGGAAACCUUGAAAUAUACACUUACACCACGAACCAUGAGGGGAAUGGAGGCACCUGAAACACCACGACGCAAAAGCCCAACUCGGGAGUUAGCAGACUUCUUCAAAGACACUGCACCUCUGGGGUCGGUUGAGCCGGAAGCAGUUCGGAGGAAGUCUAGUAGUCCGGCAGAUGGAAUGAACGGGCUCCGGGCGAGUCCUCCUCAUUCCUUCGCGAGACAGCCGAGCGCUGCAGUUGCUGUUGACCCACCACAGCUGGGAAUAAACGAGCAGAAACCCCCAUUAUCACCUGUUUCAAAAUUUCUACGUAAUCAACAACGACCACGCGAUCCAAAGGUCGAAAAGGCCUCAACAAGAGACCUAGCUGACUUCGCCAAAUCUACUGGGCCUGAAAGUCCAGGACAACUACCAAAGGCAGUGUCGUCACUUCCGGCAGAGCCUGCCCAGCCUGCGCAGCCUAAACGCGCAAAGAGUGCUGCGCCACGUUUCCUGGCAAGGGAUCCAGUAGUGAGGGGUGCCAACUCUGACCUGAUUGACUUCAUCCGAGAAGGACCGCCGCGUGCUAAGGGCGAUGGCACACACAGGAUACCGCGUACGGUGGCACCAUUCCGAACAACCAUGGAUUCAGACGAGUUCAAUUCGCUUGGAACACCACAGAAUUUUGAUAGCCCAUAUUCUGGCUCAAGCAAUCAAGGGGCUUCAGUGGUCACAAAGUCUACGGUAGACUCUCGAACAGGUUUAAUGGAUUCGACAAACCGAACGGCGUUGAAUCCCGCAAAUAGCUCGAAUCUUGGUACGGCCCAAGUCCCAAAACGUGCCUCGGAGACAAGCAAGCAGCCGAUCCGCAAGCAGACUAGGGUAAAGGACCCAUAUGCCAUUGACGUAGAAAAUGAUGACGAGAUAGAUGAUGGCUUGGGCAAACCACCACGGUAUGAUGAGGAGAGCUUAAUCGACUUCUUGCGCAAUACCUCCCCACCUACCGAGAGCCAAACUCAACCUCAACCACUCAUGCUCUCCACAAAAACCUUAGCUUCACAAUCACCAAAUCUCCGGAGAAAGACGGCAAAUGGUGGAUUUAUGGACCGCAUGAAAAGGACCGCAUCAACGCAUAGCCUCGGCCGGAACGGUGACGCCAGAUCUUCGCUGCAGACUUCCAACAGAUCUCCCACCUCUGCUCGACCAGGCAAUCAGCCCAGACCUUCAUCACCUCAUCUAGUCCAGUCUGGCUCUCGAUUUGACAGCUACAAGCCUACUCAUACAACAUAUGCUGCACAUGUAGAGCGGAACCGACAGAAGUCGGCCGCUCAGGACGCCCUGAAAUUCGACCUCCUUGCUCAACCGCCCCACAGCAAGAAUGAGCGAUGCAUACGGAAUUUUGUCAAUAAAGAUACCUUGGUCGUUGUCACGGCGAUAGUGGAUGGCAGUAGAGGGGAUGGACAAGUUGUCAAUAUGCAUAUUAAGGAUUCGGUGGGCAACGACUACGGACGGCCGAAGGAUAUUACGGGGGAGACAAGAAUGGCUUUUACCAGUCUUGCAGAUACGGCGUUCGAUGUCUGCUUUGAGAACAAUUUGGCCAGCUCAAGCUAUUCAAGGUCACCUCCUUCCCGCCACGUUGAGCUCGAUAUCGAUAUUGGCGCCGAUGCCAAAGACUGGUCUGGAAUACAAGCUGCUGAAAAGCUGAAGCCCGUUGAGACCGAGCUCCGCCGAAUCGAGGAGACCGUCAACGAGAUUGUGACUGAGAUGGAGUAUCUGAGAGGAAGAGAACAGAAGCUAAGAGAUACCAAUGAGAGCACCAACGAACGAGUCAAAUGGUUUGCCUUCGGAACAAUGGGUAUGCUUGUCGGGCUAGGGGCGUGGCAGAUUGUGUAUCUGCGGGCAUACUUCCGUUUUGCUACUUCUGAAAUCGUCACAGUAUAUGUCGGCAAGAAGCGACAAGCUUACCGGGUUCAUAAAGCAUUGCUCGUCUCCAAAUGUCCAUACUUUCGUGGAAGUCUCACUGACGCCUUUCCGGAGGGUCGCAACAACGAGGUCUGUUUGAGCGAAGACGUACCCGAAGCCUUCAGUUGGUUUCUUACAUGGCUCUACUCUGGAGUCGUCAAGAAAAUCGAGACCAAGCAGGAUGCGUGUAUCGCAUUUGAGACAUAUCUUAUGGCUGACAGAUUCAUUAUGGUGGUGCUCAAGAACGAUUUGAUGGAUGCUGUACGCCGGUUCUACGCUCGUACACGGAUGGGGGUAGACCUCCUGGAACUGCUUGCUAAGCAUGAAGGCUUCGAGGGAAAGUUGAAAAGUUUCGGUCUCGAUCAACUAGCAUACGAUCUGCAUGAAUAUUGCGGGAAUAUAGAUCCUGAUCCUUACAUGCCAUCGAGUUCGCUUCGUUCUGACAUCAAUGCUUUUCUGGCCAAGGGAAGUUCGACUGCUAUUGACACGUUCUGGGCGGUCCGUGAUUGGGCAUUCAGAAAGGAAGUUGACCCAUCAAGUCUAGAAGGCUGUUACUAUCACGAGCAUCCCAGCGGAUCGCCAGCCUGCAAGUUCGCAGCUGAUUAG